AUGACAAAUGACCUUGAAUCUGUUUUAUUUCUAUCUAUUAAUGCUCAUGUAAUGCUUAUUUCUAAUCUCUGGACUAAUCAAGGUUUAGUUAAUGGAGCAAUGGAUACAGUCGAUGAUAUUAAAUAUAAGCUAGAAAGAACAUCUCCUUCACUCUCUACAGAACUUGCUCCGCAUGCGUUUCCUUUAUGCCUUGCUUGGGCAUUUACUAUUCAAAAGUCACAAGGUUUAACAUUACCACAUUUAGAUUUCUGCUUCAAAAUUUAUAAAAUACCUGGG